AUGAAAAUGCAGGAAGUAAUUAAUUAGCUAAGGAGAGUCAGUCAAGAAAACGGAUGUACUUUCAAGGCUACGAUGUCCUGCUUUGAGAGUGAUAAGAGCAGCCUGGAGAAUGAUGAAGCGUGUUGUGGUGGGGCGGCCGCGUCACAGCUGUCCAACUGUGCGCUGGCCAUGCUGGAGAAAGAGGGCAGCGACUCUGCGCUGAGCCCCACGGAGAGUACCCCCACCAGCCUACAGGGCGGCGCCCCACUGCAAGGCUACGACGUGGAGUUCGACCCUCCACUGGAGAGCAAGUACGAGUGCCCCAUCUGCCUCAUGGCCCUGAGGGCAGCUGUGCAGACGCCGUGCGGCCAUCGCUUCUGCCGUAGCUGCAUCGAGAAGUCCAUUCGUGAUACAGGGCAGAGGUGUCCAGUGGAUAACGAGGUACUACGGGAAGACCAGCUGUUCCCAGAUAACUUUGCCAAGCGGGAGAUCCUCUCCCUAACGGUGCGCUGCACCAACGUAGGCUGCACUGACAAAAUGGAGCUUCGCCGCCUGGAUGGCCAUGUUACGAAAUGUGAGUUUGCCACCGUGCCUUGUCCGCUGUGCCAGGACGCGGUGUGGAAGAGCCAGCUGGAGAUGCACCAAAGCCAACACUGCCAGCGGAGACCUGUGUCCUGUCCCGACUGUGUAGAGAGCUUUGUUUACGAGGACAGCAAGAUUCAUGAGUCGCUGUGUCCCUUUGCCAACGUGGUGUGUCAGUACUGCGGUAUGGAGCUCAUCAGAGACCAGUUGGAAUCUCACUAUGACACAGACUGUCCGAAGGCUCCGAUUGCCUGUACCUUCAGCACUUUUGGAUGUCGAGAGAUGAUGCAGCGCAAUGACCUGGCGCAGCACAUGCAGGAGUUCACUCAGAUGCACAUGCGCUGCAUGGCUGAGUACCUGCACAGGCACAGCCUUACCGGGUACACCCAGCCACCUUCUUCUGAGGACCGAGGAGCUGCCGCCGCAGAGCUGGGGGCACACCCAGGAGCUAGCAGCAGUGGCGCCCCUGCCAGUGCUGGGGAACUGCAGACCAUGCGGGAGACCACCCAGCAGCUGGAGGGACGUCUGGUGCGGCAGGACCACCAGCUACGUGAGCUGAGCAUUCAGGCGGGGCUGGUGGCGGAGCUCCGUCGUAAGGUCACCUCGCUGGAGGAGAACCUAAAGGAGCUGGAGGCCAAGCAGUGCCAGGGCGUGUACGUGUGGCCCUUGGAGGGCUUCUCGGGCUACCUACGUACCCAGGCUGCCGGACAGCCUGUUGUGGUGCACAGCCCGGGCUUCUACACGGGCCGGCCGGGCUACAAGCUGUGUCUGCGCCCUCCACCUCCAAACGCCUCGGCACAGCGCUGCUCCAACUACAUCUCACUGUUCGUUCACACCAUGCAGGGGGAAUUUGAUGGGCAGCUGUCGUGGCCCUUCCAAGGCACCAUCCGGCUGGCCGUGCUGGACCAGGGGCCUGAGGGCCAGCACCAUGUGGAGGUGAUGGAGACCAAGCCCGACCUGCAGGCCUUCCAGAGACCCACCAUCCAGAGGAACCCCAAGGGCUUUGGCUACGUCACCUUUCUGCACUUGAUGGAGCUACAGCAGCGGGGGUUUGUGCAUGACGACACGCUGCUGGUGCGCUGCGAGGUGACGCCGCGCUUCGACACCGCCCUGAGGCGCGAGGGGGCGGCCAUGCAGCCCAGAGGGCCCGAGGCCUCGCUGUGAGGACACUUUUAACGUUCCAAGUGACGAGGUCAAUCACCACCAACGUUAUCAGUACAAAGUAUCAGUUUGCCAUUUCCCUGAGUUGUUGUAUCACACAGGAUCAUUGCAUUGGGUUCAGUCAUGACCAACAUCAUGGGAAAGUGUACGGCUCAGUCGUGGGUUUUAUCUCCAACUCUAAAAGGCUUUUCUUUGCUGUAGCUGUUGAGUGAUGGACUGGAUGUUGGUGGCGAUGAACACCAAUGUUUCCUGCAACAAGUAGAGAGCUGUAUGGGUUUUAUCUGCAUUUUUGUCAAAAUUGAGUUAUUGACAUUAGCCUUAUUCUGUUCAAUGUUCUCUACCUAUAUAUUCCUCUAAAUACCCCAAUUCAUGUUAAGUUCAAAAGAAUACAAGAUUUUUUUUAAAUGGCUGACACCAUUUAAACCAAUGAGGGUUCAGAACUUUAAAGCUGAUCUCACAAUCAUCUAUUUGCAGACAGAACGUUCUAGUCCCAAGCUCUGUGUUCCAUCACUGAUCCAGCAAUGUGUCGCAGGCUACUGUACUGCUCAACAGAUAGGAUUUCAAAAUGUCUUAUGGUGCCUACAUUAGGUUGUAAUAAACAUGACUUUGGUUUCAGUGCAUCGUUCUUUGUGACAGCUUUUGUAGUGGAGACCGACAAAGUCUCGUUAAUUAUCAUAACAUGUUAUUACAGUUUAUGAUAUUUAUGUCAAGCUCAAAGUCAUGUUUAUGACAACUUUAUGUUGGCAUUAAAGAAGCCAAUUCAAAUAAGAUGUUACUAGAAGUGUAUUUCAGUUGGAGAUUAGGAAGGGGACAGAGAGUGAUGUAGGAUAGAGAGAUACUCAAUCAAAUGAAUCCCUUUAAGCGCUUUCUACAAAGCACGGCGAGGGCUGGGGCAGGACCAUCUGUAGGCAGGAGAUGACCAGACACAGAACUACCUAUCAACCUAACUUACAUCCUGGAUGACGAGAGUCAGGAUCACUGGCAUUUCCCUGGUCUUCUGAUUGGAGGAUCAUACAGGGAAGAUGGGGCAACGUCUUAACCUGGUCUUCUGGUUGGAGGAUCAUACAGGGAAGAUGGGGCAACGUCCUAACCUGGUCUUCUGAUUGGAGGAUCAUACAGGGAAGAUGGGGCAACGUCCUAACCUGGUCUUCUGGUUGGAGGAUCAUACAGGGAAGAUGGGGCAACGUCCUAACCUGGUCUUCUGGUUGGAGGAUCAUACAGGGAAGAUGGGGCAACGUCCUAACCUGGUCUUCUGGUUGGAGGAUCAUACAGGGAAGAUGGGGCAACGUCCUAACCUGGUCUUAAGACAUCUUCUGGUUGGAGGAUCAUACAGGGAAGAUGGGGCAACGUCCUAACCUGGUCUUCUGGUUGGAGGAUAAUACAGGGAAGAUGGGGCAACGUCCUAACCUGGUCUUCUGGUUGGAGGAUCAUACAGGGAAGAUGGGGCAACGGUCCUAACCUGGUCUUCUGGUUGGAGGAUCAUACAGGGAAGAUGGGGCAACGGUCCUAACCUGGUCUUAAGAUAUGCCACAUCUUCCCAGACCAAAGAGCUGUGCAUGAAGACGUCUUCUGGAGAAGAGAUUUCCUGAACAAUGGCUGUGCGUUAGGACAAACAAUAAGCAGUGACAUAUGAAUGAGUUGGUAUACACAGUGGUGAAAAGUACUUAAGUACUACUUGUGUUUUUCUUUUGGUGGUAUCUGUACUUUACUAUUUAUAUUUUUGACAACUUUUACUCCACUACAUUUCUAAAGAAAAUAAUGUACAUUUUACUCCAUACAUUUUCCCUGACACCCAAAUGUACUUGUUACAUUUGGAAAUGCUCAGGCAGGACAGUAAUAUGGGCUAAUCAUGCACCUUUUUUUAACCUUUUAUUUUAACAGGGAAGAAAUUGAGGCCUAUGUUUCUUU